UACCUACCUUAUUACUGAUGAUGUUGCUAAUGUACAAGCGAGCAUGUGGCUGAGUGGAUGAGAUGGCGCAGUCACGAUUCAUAUUGGCCGCCGCUGCAGCACCAUUCUACCACCAUACUUAGUUUUAGUAUUAUGCUGACUUGAGUGAUAUUCAUAGACAAAAAUAAUAACGUGGUACAAAACAACAGAAGAAGUAAAAAAAAUACACAAAGAAAGGAAAAUGGGUUAAUAAUUCGUCAUUACUGACUGAUUUGGCCAAGAAGCAGAAAAAUAAUAAUUUUUGGUUUCAAUUUGGAAGCAAUGCAAUAUUCAGUUUAAAACACUUGCCCAAAAUGCUGUUGAAGUUACAAAAUACAAAUAUUAGCCAGAGCAUAAAGUAAAAAGUGUACCCCAACAAAAGUGUAGCAACAGCAAUUGAAUGCUGGAAACUAAAAUAUAGCAUGAUCUACAUUUUAGAAAGUUUUAGUUUUUGUGAAUUUUACGCUUCGCAGAGCAAAAGUUGGCUAUCGAAUAGAAAAAGGAAAAAAUAAAAAAACACACACACACACAUUUUACAAUACCCACAAAACAUUGUAAAUUGUUUCAAAUAGCCGCAUCUGCAAACAACCAAGUCGUCAGCAGCAUCAUCUCACCAUCGUCAUCACCUUCAGCGACCAACAAUUGCUGAGACGCAGCUAUGUCCGACUCGGAGCCAGUCAGUUUGGAAUUCAUUGAAGAUCCCUAUGUACCACGUCUGGAUGGUGAUGCCACUCCAUCUUUGGAUUAUUCGACCACAAAUUACGAUUGCAAUGAUGACAUAGAGACGGAUCUAUAUUUACGCAAUCUAACAUUGGAUGAAAUUUUCUAUGAUGUCGACUCUGACUAUAGCAAUCAAUUAGAAUUACAAACCGUUGAGACUGAAUUUAUCAUUUCGAAAUUAGCCAAUCAAAGUCCUUCCAUGUCUAUAGCAAAACGAUUUCGCUUGAAAUUUUUCACCACGAAAAAAACAAUGCGAGAUGUUAAAGUGACAUUUGUGGACUUUUCCAAGCCUUAUAUAGCAAAAAUUUCAAGUAGUGAAAAUUAUAAAAAAUUUCUUAAUAUUGGUUCAACAGCAGCUGCUACAGCUACUAUAAAUCCAACAACAACAACAACACAUACCAAAGGUAAUACAUAAACAACAUUAAAAUAUUUUUAUAAUUUACAACUCUCUAUGAGAGUAUACAUCAUUAGGAAAAAUUUUGGUCCCUUGAAUUUUGGUAAUGUUUGUUAAGGUGUGUGUUGGAAUUAUUGGAAAUGCCAGACCGA